UCUUAUUCGAAGGGGCCCUCCCAGACAGCUCCCGCGGGCGGGCGCGCUUCCGGCGCGUGUCAGUAGACGCACUUCCGACGAGCUGUGGAAGGGCGUGCCGGAGCAAGCCCAUCUUGGGGUGCGGUGCCGGCAGAAUGUUCCUCACCGCCCUCCUCCUCCGCAACCACAUCCCGGGCCGGCAGUGGAUCGGGAAGCACCAGCGGCCGCGCACCGUGUCAGUGCACGCGGAGGAGAAGCUGCGGCGGCGCCUGGAGGUGGAGGCGGAGAACCAGUACUGGCUGAGCGCGCCCUACCUCACCUCGGAACAGGAGUUCGGCCACGCCGCCGCCCGCCGCGCGCUCGCCUUCCAGCAGCUCCGGGAGGCCUGUACUUCCAAGUUCCCGCCGCACAGGUUCGUCCGCGACCAGCUCGACCAUCUCAACAUCAGCAAGAAGUGGACCUGAGAAGCCGUGGCCGCCGGGAGAACCAGGCGAGCGCCCGGCCUCGCGUGCAGAAUGCGCGGCUCCACACUAGCGGGUAGCUAAGGCUCCGCUUGGAGGCGCCUGUGAUUCUCCACCCCUCUACCUUGAUACGAAGAUUGCAGGGUUUCCUGGGUCAGACGUCACAGGAAAAUGUAUUUUGGAUGUAAGAGGGAAUAAAAUUACAAACUGG